AUGCGGGCUUUAACUGGAGGUGAGAAUAAAAAGAUAUUAGAAGUUUCUUAUCGUGUGUCGCUAUUAAUUGCGAAAUGUAGUGCAGCGGAAACCAUUGGUGAAAUUUUAAUCAAGCCUGCAGCCAAGAUAAUGGCCGAAAUAAUCAUAGGAGAAAAAGCGAAACAAGAAUUUGAUAGCGUUUCUCUCUCAAAUAAUACAGUUCAUCGACGAAUUAUUGAUAUGUCUAAUAAUGUGAAACAGAUGUUAUUAUCUGAUAUUUCUCAAAGUCGUUAUUAUGCAUUACAAGUCGAUGAGUCAACUGUUAUUGUGAAUUGUUCAAAUCUUAUGGCGUUUGUUACAUACGAAAAAAAUCAAGAAAUUCACGAUGACUUUUUAUUUUGUCAGCCUUUAUUAGGUCACACAACAGGAGAAGAUAUCUUUAAUGUUGUGAAUAAAUUUAUGCAAGAAAACAAAAUUGCUUGGAAUAGAUGUGUAGAAAUAUGCAGAGAUGGAAUAUGCUCUUACCCAUGA